CGAAAAAAGGGGGAAACAAAAAAGGAUCCGAAGGGAGAGAUUUUGUGCGCGAUUCGCGCGCGAUUUGCAGCAGUCGAGAACAGCCGAAGAAGAAGCAGUGCAACAGCGGCUAAGGAGCAAGGAUAGGAAAAAGAGAUAAAGAGAUACAGAUAAGAAGAAGAAGGAGAGGGAAGUGAAUCAGUGAACAAUUUUAGAGACUCUUUCCCCGCAUGCCCGCCCGCGCCGCAAUGUGCGUGGCUGCCUAUGCACUGACAAAGGCCGAAUGCAGCCGCAAGCUAAACAAUAAAAAUUAAGGAAAAACAAAAAGUAUCCACUAAAUACAGAGAAUAAAAAACAACAAGAACAGCGAGAGGAAACAACUCCAGAGAUAGAAGAUAUAACCCGCAUUUUCGGGACCCAAAAGUCGCCCUACCUUUAUACAAAGGGGGCACAUUAACAGCCGCCAACAUACGCAAGAAGGUGACCUCGAAGAAGGCCAGCGUUGUGUCGGUUGACGACGAUCACAACAACAAUAACAACCACAACAACGACCACAACGCUCGGCAGGCAACACCAACACUAGCAGCAAUCCAUACAUCGAUCAACACCACCCCCAAUCGUACGCCCACAUUGACACCGAUUGCCACGCCCAUACCAACGCCAACGCCCACACCCACACCCAAACCGGACACAACUGAACAAGCACAGGAUUAUCAAAGCAAAAUGGACGACACACAGCAUUUCUGCCUCCGUUGGAACAACUAUCAGAGCAGCAUCACAUCGGCAUUUGAGAAUCUGCGGGACGAUGAGGCCUUUGUGGAUGUCACCCUCGCCUGUGAGGGGCGCAGCAUUAAGGCGCAUCGCGUUGUCCUCUCCGCCUGCAGUCCCUACUUCCGCGAAUUGUUGAAGAGCACACCCUGCAAACAUCCGGUUAUACUGCUGCAGGAUGUGAACUUCAUGGAUCUGCAUUCGUUGGUGGAGUUCAUAUAUCAUGGCGAGGUCAAUGUGCAUCAGAAGUCACUGCAGUCCUUCCUCAAGACAGCCGAAGUGCUGCGUGUGUCAGGACUCACCCAACAGCAGGCAGAGGAUACGCAUAGCCACCUGGCUCAAAUACAGAACCUGGCCAAUGCCGGCGUUCGUACACCGCUCAACACUCACGCCCAUCCACAUCCACACCAUGGCCCGCUGCAUGAUGAUGGUGGCGCCUCGACAUUGUUUAGCCGCCAGGGAGCUGGCUCCCCACCGCCGCCACCACAGUCGCUGCCCUCGCAUCUCAACAACCAGCUGCUGAAGCGCAUGGCCAUGAUGCACCGCAGCAGCGCGGAGGAGACCUCGCACGCCCUCAAGCGUCUGCGUGGAUCCGCCGAUAAUGGCCUGCCCCUGGGCAGUGGCAGCAACAACAACAGCCCGGACUUGCCGUCCAUUCAUGCGCGCAGCGCAUCGCCACAGCAGACGCCGGCUGACUUUAGUACGAUCAAGCACCACAAUAACAACAACACACCGCCGCUAAAGGAAGAGAAACGCAACGGACCCACUGGCAACGGAAACACUGGCAACAAUGGCGCUAGCAAUGGCAAUGGCAUCUCCAUCAGCGAUAAAUUGGGCAGCCUCACACCCUCACCGCUGGCCCGUGCCGGCGCCGACGAUCAGGUGAAGUCAGAGCCCAUGGAGCUGGUGUGCUCCAAUAACAAUGCCAAUCCCAAUGAUGAGCACAGCAAUGACUCCACCGGCGAGCAUGAUGCCAAUCGCUCCAGCAGCGGUGAUGGUGGCAAGGGGUCCCUAAGCUCUGGCAAUGAUGAGGAAAUCGGUGACAGUCUCGCCUCACAUCAUGCGGCACCACAGUUCCUCAUUUCGCCGGCAGAGAACAAAAUGUUCCAUCCAGCCGCCUUUAACUUCCCAAUGAGCAAUCUCGAUCAUUCAGCGUUGCUUGGUCUCAACACACAAUUGCAGCAGUCCGGUGAUCUUGCCGUGUCCCCACAAGGUAAUCUGACGACAAAUGCUACAACUACAACUACAACUAAAAACAACUACUACAACAACAACAACCACGCUUACUCCCAACAAACAAACAACAACAACAACUCAACAACAACUCCAUCACCAACAACAACUAAAACUACAAACCGAACAGCAAUCACAAAUGCCCCUGGCAUCUGUGGCCUUAACCUCUCCACAUUCGCAGCCAACGGAAGCAGCGGUGGUAGCGGCAGCAACGGUGGCCUCUCAGUGACCGCACUCUUGCCCCAGCAACAGCAACAGCAGCAGCAACACCAACAGCAGCAUCAACAGCAACAGCAGCAACACCAACAGCAGCAGCAACACCAACAACAGCAGCAGCAGCAGGCCAACAAUUCAGGCCGCCAGACACCGAAUGGUAUACUGGCCUGCAGCACACCCACAGCGAAUACGCCCACAACGGCCCAACAGCAGAUGUUUGCCGCCGUGAUGGCCAAUAUGGCGGCCACGGCCAGUGCCACAGCGGCAGCAACGAGCGCCAGCAGCGGCAAUAGCGGUGGUGGUGGUAAUCUGAACAACUCAACGAGCGGUGGCAUAAACACUUCAGGGGGCAGCCUGAACAAUGCGCAAAGCGGCGGUGAUGACUUCCGUUGCAAUCCGUGCAACAAGAACCUGAGCUCCCUGACACGCCUCAAGCGACACAUCCAGAACGUGCAUAUGCGCCCCACCAAGGAGCCGGUGUGCAACAUCUGUAAGCGGGUGUACAGCUCACUGAACAGCCUGCGCAACCACAAGAGCAUCUACCAUCGCAACCUAAAGCAACCUAAGGCAGAGCCGAAUGCCGUUGCCGUUGCGCAGACGCCGGGCAAUAGCUACUACCAUCAACAGCAACAGCAGCAGCAUCAGCAGCUGAAUCAUCACUCCUCCUCAUAGGGUUUCAUGUACUUUGACUACCAUCAGCAACAGCAACAGCAGCAGCACCACCACCAGCAGCAUCAGCACCGCCAUCGUCAACUGCACCACCACCUGGCCAGCGCAAACUUCACCUCAAGCUGAGGGCCGCCUUGAUAUUAGGAAUGUGUUUUUUGUUAAGUUUGCCCCCCCCAACGAUUUGUUCCCCUAAUUUCUAAGUCCGAAGAAGCCCCAAGAGAAACCCCCAAAUCCCCUACAAUCCAUAAGCGAUUCAAACGAUUGCAUUUGAAUAUUCUGAACAUUGCACAUUGAAUAUUGAAUAAUCUACAUCAGAAUACUUACAUACAUACAUAGAUUCAUAAGCCACAUAAACACACACACACACUCACACACAAAUACACACAAAAAUAC